CACCGAUUUUGUGUCAAUCUUUUCGACACAAUGUCUUUCUCCCUUUCAUCAUCAACAGCAACAACAACAUGUAGAAGCCUUCGAAAUGCCGCGCCUUCUGCGCGCACACUCCCCUCACUCCCAUUAGGGACGAGAGCACGGUCUCCUACGCUGCGACCAUGGCGCGCCUUUGCCAGCUCCGCAGGACGCGAGCUCGCCGUCUCCGAAAUGUCUGAACGCGAUUUCGCGAGCCUCAAAGUCGAUCAGGACAGACUGAUGAACGACAUUCACACCACCAGCGAAUGGGGCAAAGGAGAGCCAUGGGGAGAUGCUCCCACAGAGAUUGGAAUGGCUAGGCUCUCACUCUCCGACUCCGACAAGCAGGCGCGCGACUGGUUUGCGGAGACCACAAGCCGCUUGGGCUGCAAAGUGCAUUAUGAUGCGAUGGGCAACCAGUUCGCCAUUAGACCCGGCAAGGAAGAUGGCAAGCCAACAUAUGCCGGUUCACAUCUAGACACACAGCCCAGUGGCGGUCGCUACGAUGGUAUUCUCGGUGUGACGGCAGCAGUAGAGAUGCUCAAAACCAUGAAUGACAAUUGGAUCGAGACGAAUUUCCCCGUGGGCGUCGUGAAUUGGACAAACGAAGAAGGUGCCCGUUUCCCUAUGUCCAUGGUGUCGUCUGGUGUCUGGGCCGAGUCGAUCCCUCUAGAGACUGCCCAUAAUCUCAAAUCAGUCAUACCUUCCAAUGAUACCGCUACCAUGAAGAGCGAGCUGGAACGCAUAGGCUACCUGGGCUCCACGCCUGCAAGCUACAAGAGUACACCUAUGGCCGCGCACUUCGAGCUGCAUAUUGAACAAGGACCAAUCCUUGAAGCCGAAAAUCGUCGUAUUGGCGUUGUUCGAGGGGUUCAGUCUUACAAAUGGUUCACCGUCACCGUUAAAGGCCGUGACGCCCACACUGGUGCAACAACCUUUGCCCAUCGAGCAGACUCGCUUCUUACCACGUCGAAAAUGAUCCUAGCCAGUCACAAGAUUGCCCAUCGACACAAAGCUCUCGCAUCUACCGGUAUCUUGACCUUGAAGCCCGGCUCGACAAACACGGUUCCUGGCCACGUGCAAUUCUCCUUGGACAUUCGCGCACCAACAAACGAAGUCGUCGAUGCCGUGGAAGUAGAAUGCAAAGAAGCCUUCACGGCUAUCGUGGAAGGGAAAGACGUCGAAGGCGUCAAUGCAAACUGUGCCAUCUCGGAUCGACAAUGCUCCGUCGAGUGGCGUACAGACUUCGUCUCGCCCGCCACGAACUUCCACGAGGAUUGCAUCAAAUGUGUGCAAGAUGCCGGGAGUGCGCUCUGUGGGGAGAGCGAAGUGUCAGGAUUGGAUAUUGGUGCAUGGGGCAAGUUCAUGACUUCUGGUGCAGGUCACGAUUCAGUCUAUACAAGCAAGAGAUGCCCAACUACCAUGGUGUUUGUACCAUGUAGGGACGGUGUUUCGCACAAUCCGGCGGAGUAUUCCAGCCCCGAGGCGUGUGCGGAUGGAGCGAAUGUUUUGAUGGGGGCGGUGCUGAGGUAUGAUCAGCUGCGAGGACAGAGAGGGCAUUAGAUUUCCCAUGGGGCGUAUAUUGAAUAACAUAUCAACGAUGAUUCUG